AUGCGGCCGCAGACCGCGCUGCUGCAACCACGCCCCGCCGCGCCGCUCGCCACGUCUAGCCAGAACCUCCACAUCCAGAGUCUUUCAUCGCUUAUGGCGCACCAUCAGCGCCAAUUCCGGCGUUUGGCGUCACUGGUGAAUGGGGCAGCCACUGGCGACACGGCGACUCUCGUUGCGUGUUCUGUUGUCGCUCACCAACACGCUCUUAGGACGGCAGAAGCGAAGGCAGCGGUUCCGGUAUUCUGUGCAACGGGCGUGAAUCACGCCCUGCACCGCCGCUUUAACGCAGGGAAGACGCUCAAAGGCAUCCUUAGGGGUUGUGCAGAGCAGAAUGCACUUGGCGUGGCUGCUGCGGGCGGUCACCGCUACUCUGCCGUCACCGAUGUGUACUUGUACGCCUCCCUGUCGCCGAUGUGCCUGCACAAGGGCAACGCCAACACAUGCGGGCACGCAAACAACGCGGAUGCUGUCGCCAGUAGUCCCGCGAGCUCUGCGGGACGCACUUCCGUGAGGGGGGCGGUGUUCCCCUGCCCCGAGUGCUGGUGCAACCUCACGGCGGUGGCGGCGAUGCGGUGCGAGGACGGUGAAACGGAGCCGAUGAAGUUGUUCGUGCACGCACACGGUGAGGCGGAGGCGGUGCGAAGUGUGGCGGUUGCCCGCGAGCGCCUCGCGCGCCCCGUGCAGCCCGCAAUUGAUGUCACGAUUGUGCUUUCUGGCUAG